CACAACCACAGUUCGUCUUAAUAUACAAACUUUAAGAACUUUUUUCCUUCCGUUUGUGUUUGUCCGGAUUUGUCAACAUCUCCAAAGAAUGCAGACCAUACUAAUCAUCGCGAUAAUGUGUUCGGAUUUGUAUGCCAUCAAUGUACGUGCACGAAAAUCCACUGAUCGUCAAUCUGGCUGUGGAAAAUCCCAUAAAGCCGGCUUCAUCAACAACAACCACAUCGUGUCUGGCAACCGCGAACGAACCUACGCCGUCAACGUUCCUUUGAGCUACAACACCGACGAUAACAAACGGCGACCUUUAAUCCUCGACUUCCACGGACGUGGCGCAACCCCGGAAGAACAAUAUGAGAAUUCCAUGUACUACACUAAUCCCAAAGGCAAAGAGUACGUCGUCGUGUAUCCUGCCGGGAUCAAGAAAGCCUGGCAAGGCGCAUCCUAUGCCGAUCCAAAGGUUAGUGAUCUCCAGUUCGUCACGGAUCUCGUCGCCCAUAUCGAAUCGAGCUACUGCAUUGAUCCCAAUCGGAUUUACGCGUCGGGUAAAAGCAACGGUGGCGGGUUCGUUGACACCCUGGCAUGCUCAGAUCACGGCGACCGGUUUGCGGCGUUCGGCAUGGCGGCGGCGGCGCUCUACACCGACAACAAGUUGAGUGGGUGUCCAAAGAAGCGGGCGAUCCUGGAGGCCCAUGGCGAAGCGGAUGCCACGAGCAAGUAUCACGGGGAUGCUGCGGCGAACGGCGGUCCGGUGCCAAAUAUUGCUAAGUGGGUGCAGUGGUGGGCUGAGCGGGAUGGAUGCAGCCGAAAGGAUGGAGUAAAGAAGGACCUGGCCGGUUAUGAUGUGACAAAGUAUUCGUGCAAGGGAUUCACGGAUGUUGUGCAGCAUUACAAGGUACAUAAACUCGGACACUGUUGGCCGAGUAAGGAUGGAAAGAAUACGGACAGCAGCGGUUGUCGUGGAUUUUUUCGAGAAAUGGAGUUUAAAUAAUGCCCCGAAAAAUUAAUUGGUGUUUUUUUGCAAACUGGCUUUGUAGUACUUUUUGUUUCGUUUUUGUAAACAGAUAUUUGCAGUAUUAUGUUA